ACCUUACAUUCACACAACUACACAAGGCUCGAAAACAAACACAUAGAUAAUCAUAUUUCUCUAACACACAACCCAAAUUUCUUUAGCGGCCAUGGAAGAGGUUAGGGCAAGCUCUGAGUGGGUUUCUUCUCAUGCUUCUCAUGUCACGGUUAAUUUAUCAGGCAUUGAGAAGGUAGCUGAAAGUAUGAAAAACUCAAUACCCAAAGUGGAAUGGGAUUAUGAAGGAAUUCAUUACUUUGACAAUGGCCCCCUCUCUGUGCAGUACUUGUUUGUACUUGAUGCUUUGAACUUCUGCUUUUGGCCUGACAAGGAUUUGACAUAUGAUCAUUUGGCUGCGGGAUUGAAGGCUGCUCUUCAGGACGAUAAAUCUGCUUUUGACGCUGAUCGUUUACAAACAUACACUGGUCCUGAGCUGCGUAAAUUACUGAAUUGGACAAAGCCACUUCCUCUGGAGGAUGAACGUGUGCGCCUAAUUCACGAGGUUGGCUUUGAGUUGGAGAGAAGCUUUGAGGGGAAGGCAUCCAAACUUGUAGAGUCUUGUGGAAAAUCUGCAGCGAAGCUUGUAGCUCUCGUGACUCAGUUUUUUCCAGGAUUUCGCGAUCACACAGUCUACAAGGGCCACCAAGUUUUCUUGUAUAAACGAGCUCAGAUAUUUGCUGCUGACUUGUGGGGUGCUUUUAAGGGUGAAAGCUAUGGAGAAUUCCAUGAUAUAGGUUCCAUCACUAUGUUUGCAGACUAUAUUGUUCCUGCAGUGCUUCAACAGCUUGGAGUGCUUAGAUAUAGUUCAUCCCUAGCCAACAUGAUUGAGGAUGGUACUGAAAUUUGUUCAGGCAGUGAGGAGGAAAUUGAAUUGCGAGCUUGCUCAAUUUAUGCUGUGGAGAAAAUGAGGGAAGUGCUGCAUAAGAAAAUUGGGAAGCAGGUAUUGAGUGUGGAACUGGAUCUCUGGUUAUGGUCAGUUGGAGUCCAAUGCCCAUCUCUGCAACACCACCGGACACUGUCCAUAUACUAUUAGUUACUGUAUCAAUUAUCUGCUGUUAUGCACCAAUGAAUUUUAAAGUAAAAGACUUAAAAUGCAGGAAUUGAAAUUACUUUCAGUGAAGUUUACUUAAGUUUACAGAA